AUGCGUCAUCAAAACAAAAACUAGCAUGGAGGCGACAGCAGCAUAUAGGCGACGAAGCAGCAAGGAGGGGUCGUAUGAUAAUAUAAAAGAGUUUUAUGACCACGUCGAUGAGGAUGGAACAAAUAUGACAUUUCUGUGCAAACUUUGCCCGCCGGCUUUCCAAAAAAAAAAAAUACGCACUUCAGUCACAUCCACAGCAAACCUAAAACGGCACAUUGAACUGAAGCACCCGACUAGCCUUUCAAGGUAUGCGCAAGCAAUUAAAAAGUCUAAAGACAGGCAAGACAGGUCCUCGGCACAAACCACAUUAACUGCGUACAGUAGCGGGUCCGUUGUCAUCUCCCAGCCGCAGCUGGACAACCUGGUGGUGCAGUAUAUCGUCGGAGACCUGCAGCCUUUGAGAAAAGUGGAAAGCCCAGCUUUCAUAAACUUAAUUAAGGGGUUGCAGCCAUCCAAAAACGUGCCAUCAAGAAAAAAGAAUGUUCGAAAAGAGUCUAUCAGGGUGUCCGGGUCAAGCACACAGUGAAAGAUCUGCUUGCAGAAAAGAGGUCACAGCAAACGAAUGGGCCACACUACACUGGUGUAUCUACUCCUCAGAGUCCAUUUGUUCAAAUGACAGGUUCUCACAUGCUUCCGAGUUACUAUGGCAUGAGAAGACCUUUCAUUUCGGACACUGAGUUUUGCCCCUCAACAAAACCAUUUCCUGCCGACGUGUACCCCUCAGCACUGACAGGGAAGUCUCUCUCAUGCGACACUGGAUGCAUGUCUGGCUAUUCCUCUCUCAUAGACAGCUACUACCCAGAGUCUUUUGGAGACUACCGUAGCACACCUUUCUCCAGCGGAGGAAGCACAAUAUUCUCACCCUCUGCGUUGACGUCUUUGCUUCCUUCUUACUCCAGUGACCCUUCACAUUAUUUGCUGAGGGAUUCUUGGGAGACUACGGGGACAGAGAUGGCGGAGGGUUUAUGUGGAGAUGGUUUGGCUCCCAUGCCCCAGUCUGCGCCCAGUUCUCUGGUGAACUCUGAGAAUGCCAGCCCGACCCAGUUCCGCUCAUCAUCCCGAGGUUCUAGUAUGACGUCUUCACAGUCAUACUCUCUCCAUUCACUGGAUGAAGCAAAUUAUCAGUCCCCAUUCCAGUCCACCUCCAGCAGCUUUGCAUCCCCUCCAUUCAUGACUGAGUCUGCAAGUAAAAUGAUAGUGCCGCCCUCAGAGGACACUGAGACUGCCCCUCCAGCCUUGAGCGAGAGCCUGGCAUGGGCGAAGGAGGACACUGCUAGCACUUGGUCACAGUAUGAGGUCAGGAGGGCAUUCUGAGAUUGAACUAUGAGGAAAUAAAGGCUUACUGGCCUAGCAGAUCAACACCUAUUCAGUUCACAAGUAAGACAAUAAGAAUUAAAUCUUUUUGUCAGUUUUACUUUGCAGAGCUAAGGCUUAAUAUAGGGGGAACAAAUAUCACUACAUUGUAUGGUCUAUUUGAUGUUUUAUGAGUAACAUGUCUUUUUUUAUCACAAGUUCUGUUGUCUGAACAGGAACAGGGGGAUAAUCAGUAUAAGGAGUUUGUAUAUUGGAUUGAUUUUAAAGUGUAUAACACAUAAAUGACUGUGAGUCUAUUUAAAUGUAUAUUAUUUGCAAAAAUUAAGUGUUACAAUAUUUAUAGCUGAUGUGUAAUAUCUAUGCUAGUCCUCUUUUUCUUCUUAUUUUAGUUUUGUGAAAGUGGUCCAAAAGGUCAAUAAAACUAUAAUUCCAAACAUUUAUUUUUGUAACUUUACAAUUCACAGGCCAGAAGCAUUUGUUUUAUUUGUGCAUGUGAAAAAUACCAUAUUUGUCUACUAAUUUAGACAUCUGUGCAUUUAUCUCUUAGUGGUGUAAAUGAAUGCCAAAGACAAACACAACCGCUGUUCUCUCAUAGAAAGGUUAAUUUGGGUUUUAUAUAGAACUUUUUCACUUGGCUAAAAUGUUUUAUACCGUCAGGGUUGAGAGGGUUACUUUUGAAAUGUAUUCCACUACAGAUUACAGAAUACAUGCUGUAAAAUGUAAUUUGUAACAUAUUUCGUUAGAUUACUCAAGGCCAGUAAAGUAUUGUAAAUACUUUGGAUUACUUCUUCAGCACUGGUAGAUUUUUUCACUUGUUUUGACAAUAAAAACUCUGUCAGUGCAGUGAGACAAAAUACAUGUUAAAAAUACAUUCUCUGAAAAACCUAAAUAUCUUAUGCAGUGUUGUUUCUAAAACAAGAUCAAUCAAAUUAAGGAUUUUUUGAUUUUUUACAGGAUAACAAUACAAAAAUUAUCAUCAAGAAUAUGAUUUUUGCCCUAAUAUCAAAGGUCUUACUAGAAAAAAGAAAUUAUGAUCCAACGUGAAUUUUCUUGAUAAAAUUAUGAUGGUGUCUGGUAACAUGUGCGUGUAAAAUGGCUAGAAAUAGCAUUUUAUCUUAGCAUAAAUCUGACAAUUUACAACAAGGUAUAUUUCUAUUUCUUCUGCUCCAAACUUCAAACGUACUUCUCUGUCUGCUCGUAUGAAUGUAACACAUCAUAAGAAGGUGUUUCACCGCUGUUCAAAUGCACUUUGGAUCGCAUAAUUGAUAUGUAUAAAUGUUUUCCAUCUGUAAGGACUAAAUAUUAAAUGAAACAAAUAACAAUAAAAUGCAAAGUAAUCUCUUCAGUAAUCAAAAUACUUUUUCAGUGUAACUGUAUUCAAAUUACCAAUGAUUUAAACUGUAACUGUAGUGGAAUACAGUGACUCAUAUUUUGUAUUUUAAAUGCAUAAUCCCGUUACAUGUAUUCCGUUACUCCCCAACAUUGUAAGAUGUAGCAAGUAAAAGAACCCUUUGGGGUUCUAUAAAGAACAUUUUCUUCUAAGAGUGUGGUGUGGGUUGUUACACUAAUAGAAAAUAAAUAUAUUUUAAAAUGUGUGCAUACAUUUAUUGUGGUUAUCAAAUUUACUAAAAUAACAAUUUUGCCAAAUUAAGACUGUAUACACUGUAUGUGAGGCCAGUAUAAAUUAUUUGGAAAGUA